AAGUGGCAGGUAUCUAAUUAGUUAGAGUUUGAAAAUAAAAUUUGAGGUUUUUCAAAUCAAAAUACUAUCAAUAAAUUAAUCCCAGAUUCUGCAGUCUGAUUUUUGCUGCAAUUACCUCAUUUUCGUAAACUAAAACUUGGUAUUUUCCUCUUCAGAUGUAUUCUUAGUGAUCUGAAUUGGGAUCCAAACUGGGAUAGACAAAAAAUACAUUUUAAACACUAAAUAUUACUUUGCAUGAAAGGAAUAGUUGCAAUGUGUACAGAACGCCAAAAACACAAUAUGCAAGAAUGGAACUAGGAUAGGAAAGAAGAAUAAGAAAAAUGAAAAAAAGAAGAGUAAGAAAAAUAAAACUUGUGUUACAAAUUGUUACAGCAAAAGCAAAAUCAGAAAUAGAAAAGGAAGAAAGCGUAGUUCACAUUGGCAUCUGCAACUCACAAUAUGAUCCUUUAGCUCAGGUUAUGUGCCUCUUCUUCAUUGUUCUCUCUUUCAUUUUCCUAGACUGCUAAAUCCUGCUCUAGGCAUAGGCUGAUUACUUGAAAGGAACAACUGUCUUCUUGAUUGAUCGUUUUCACAGCAUAAAGACCCUUUUUUACCACUUUGCUAUAUUCAGACAUUCUUUAUCAUUCUAGUUUUCUCUUAAACAACUGCAUGAAGUGAUUGCAUUUCUUUUUCUUGUACUAAAACAUAUAUUAAAAAACUCUUGUUAUCAAAUAUUGUUUUCGAAUAUUUAUUUAUUUGGAAGCUGUAAUAAAUUUCAGACUUGAAACGAAUUGAAUUGUCAACCCUUAAUUAGACCCAUCUAACGAUCAUGGCGUGUCUAAAUUCCAUUUUCUUGAUUGAGAAAUGAGUAUUUGCUGUCCAUUUUUACAAUAGUUUUGCAUAUUUUGGAAGUAAUCUACAUUUAGAAAUGAAUAUCUAACAUUUGUUAUCAUAAAAUCCAACUGCAAAUAGAAAUUAAAGUUGACAAAUAACUUUUGUUCUUCUAUAAUAAGAAGUGAAUGAAAUAUUCAGAAAGAAAAAUACUUUCACUGAACUUGAACUAAACAUUGAUCUGAGCAUAUCAAGUAAUUGGGAUUACUAACUCUAAACCAUUGUUGCUUUUUUAUCACCAUGUAAAAUCAGUUGGCAACUUUAAUAUCAACAGGUGAGUUUUAAUAAAAAAGAUAUAAAAAUCACUUAGAUAACAGUAGAGCCAUGGUAGUACUAAUUAAAAUUUCCAAACCAUCAUAUAUUGCCUUCUGUAGUUACCAUUUAUGGUUUAUAAGACAUCAAAUAGAAAUAUAGCCUAAUCUAAGUUGUACUUACUGUUCUUUGAAUAAGGUUAGUCUUUUUGCCGAGUGGUUUCAUUAAUUUUCAGGUUCACAAUAGGAAUCUUGUAAACACCUUCCAAAAAAUGAAUAUUUUCUGCGAACUAACGCUAAAGGUAGAAAUGUUCUAGACUUAGCAUUGUAGCUCAGAAUUACUAUAACCAACUCUUUAUUGUGCUGUACUAAUUUAAUAUCUACCUACUAAACUAUGUCCUUUCUGCUUAUAAAUACACAAUAAGCUUAAUUUAAUAUCUACUAUGCACAUUUCUUUAAUUUCCAUUGUUCUUACAAUAUUGUGAACUUCAAUAUGGAGUUGGAGUGGCAUUCAGAUUCAAGCAUGAGUUCAAACUCAAACAUUAUCAGCAACAAUCAGCGGAUGAAAGAAAAUUACAGCAGCACAAGUACUUGGUCGAAAUAUAGAGGAGUGAUUUGGCUCAAAAGUGGGAAAUGGGGUGCACGAAUCGCCUUCAGGUACAAGGCUUACUGGCUUGGAACAUAUGAUACAGAAGAAGAAGCAGGAAUGGCUUAUGAUAGGGCAUGCAUCAAACUUCAAAGAAGCGAUGCGCCUCUUAACUUCCCUAUGCAUAUGUACUCAGUGCAAGAGACCAAGUUUCAGAGUCAUUACUCAAAUGAGGAUAUUCUUGAUAUGAUCAAGGAUAAGAGCUACUUAUCCAAAUUUGAAAAAUAUAUUGCAGAUCAAUCUUUGGUAAGCGAAUUGGGGGGAAUGGCUCAAAGAGGGUUAUCUUACAGAAUGCUUUUUCGAAAGGAAUUGACACAAACUGAUGCUACUCAUAUAAAAGGCUUUCAUAUUCCUAAAGAGUAUGCGAUUGAGUACUUUCCUCCACUUUCUGCAGGAGAUGAGAAUGAGAACAAGUCCAUUGAAUUGACCUUUUAUGAUAAGCAUUCUUGUCCAUGGACUUUUCGGUAUUCAUACUGGAAAAGUACUCAGACAUUUGUGUUUACAAAAGGGUGGAGACAUUUCCUGAAGAUGAAUAACCUGAAGCCAAAAGAUUGUGUCUUUUUCUACAGAUGUGAGCAUCAAAAGGAGAGUCAAGGGAGAGGGUUUUAUUACAUGAUUGAUGCACAGCGUGUUAGUGUGGAUGGUGAUUCUGGGAAUGUAGACAAGGCAAGGCAAUUGAUGAGGAAGAAAUUAAACAAUGAAGAACUGGUUGAAGACAUGGAAGAAGAGAAGACAAGUAAUAACAAUGGAGUUAUGCUUUUUGGUGUUCAGAUUGGAAAAACAAGUGAAUAUAAGCAAUUUAUUUAAUUUGUUA